GGGGAUGCACCUAGGCACGCCCGUGUCCUUCCCGGCGGCGCCAAGCAGAGGACAGCCCCAGAUACUGGAGGGAACUAUCUGACUGACUCCGGACUGGGAUCCCAAUCCAGGUAAACAAAACCACCAAGGCACCUACUUUACCCUCAGCCACAGAAGGCAAAUCUCUCGGCUUUCCCCUCCCCCGUCUAUCAGUGCGGGCAGAAGGUGGAGCCCCAGGCUCUAAACGGGGCGGAUCCUGUGGCCCGGAGAGACUGAGGCCACUCGCUCGCCUGAGCAAGGAUACCAUGACGCUACUUCAAGUCUUGGAACCUGGAGACUGCCCCCAGAAGGCAACAUGGUACUCCUUGGCUCCCCCUGGACAUGGCCCCUGUGCUCGAGUUGGCCAUAACUGCCUCUACCUUCCCCCUGGUCAAGAUACAGAUCAAGGAAAAGUCUUCGUGGUAGGGGGAGCAAAUCCUAAUGGCAGCUUCUCGGAUGUGUACUACAUUGAUCUGGCUACCCAUCAAUGGAAUGAAGUAGAUUGUGAGGGUCUAUUGGCCCGCUAUGAGCAUGCCAGCUUCCUUCCUCUCAGCACCCCUGGCAGGAUCUGGGUAUUUGGAGGAGCAGACCAGUCAGGGAACCGAAAUUGCUUACAAGCAUUGGAUCUUGAAACCAGGAUGUGGAGCACUCCUAAUGUGACUGGCACACCGCCAUCCCCAAGAACAUUUCACACAGCAUCAGCGAUCAUCGGAAACCAGCUAUAUGUUUUUGGUGGUGGGGAAAAAGGUGCCAAGCCUGUUCAGGACACACAGCUCCACGUAUUUGACGCAACAACAUUGAGCUGGUCACAGCCAGAAACCUGCGGGGAACCACCCCCACCUCGUCAUGGCCAUGUGAUGGUGGCAUUGGGGCCAAAGCUCUUUGUCCAUGGUGGUUUGGCAGGGGAUGAAUUCUAUGAUGAUCUAUAUUGCAUAGACACAAAUGACAUGAAAUGGGAGAAGUUAGAAACCACAGGGGAUGUCCCAUCAGGCUGUGCUGCCCAUUCCGCCGUGGCCAUUGGGAAGCACAUAUACGUCUUUGGAGGAAUGGCUCCCACAGGGGCACUGGCUACAAUGUACCAAUAUCACAUAGAAAAACAACACUGGAGCCUGCUUAAAUUUGAUACAUAUUCACCCCCUGGACGACUGGAUCAUUCAAUGUGCAUCAUUCCUUGGCAUGUGGCUCCUGCCUCUGCAGAAGAACAUACAAAUAUAGGCAGUGUCAAUAGCAAUGUAGAGAAAGAAGGCUUAGCUGAUGAAAUUGUGAAAGGUGAUGACUUAGAUCAGAAGGAGACAGACACAUUCCUGUGCUUAGUGUUUGGUGGGAUGAAUACUGAAGGGGAAAUCUACAGUGACUGUGUUGUAACACUAGUUGACUAAUAAAAUUCAUGUUUUCUUAAUAUCUUUCAAAUUUUCUAUGUUAAGAAAUUAGAAGUGAACAACUGUUAGGGGAAGAUAGGACAGCAACAUUAAUUUUAUACUAGAAGCUUAAGUGUUUUGUGCUGUACAAUGUUUCCAUAUUGACACAGUCAGAUUGACCAGAUAAAGAGAUUAUCUAAAAAGUAAAAAACUUCAAGAAUCAUAGAAUGUUAGAGAUGGAAGGGGACCUUAGACUAGAAGUUCUUAAACUUUUGUGUGUGUCAUGGAUGUUAAAAAAAAAAAACAACAAAUAAACAAGUUUGCAAACCUUGUGUUAA